ACAUCAAAAGGUCGAUUUGAACUUUAUGGUGUCGUAGCUGAUAUUAAUGCUACUAUCACUAAUGCUAUACAAGUUAAUAACGUUAUGCAUAUUAACAUUGAAGAAGAUCCGGAGCAAGAUCUCAAUAUCAAAGUAGAAGCAUUGUGA